AUGAUGUCUCUGCAAUUAUCAAUGUUAGUCUGUUCAGUCUUGGGACUGGUCUUGGCAAUCCCUUCUAACACUUGUAUUGUGAUGGGUAAUCUGGAGAUCAUCAGAAAGAAAGGGAAGUUGAGUCCCUCCGAUGUGAUCUUUCUGGGGAAGGGAAUUGUGAAUAUUCUCCUCCAGUGUGUGCUGAGUUUACCUGCAAUGCUCUAUGUCUUGUGUCUGGAAAUCUUUUAUAUUAGACCAGUAUAUGGAUUUAUGAACACAUCAACUUCCUUCCUGACAUAUUACAACUUCUGGUUGACCUUCUGGCUCUCGGCUCAUUACUGUACCAGCAUCACCAAUCUCAGCUAUGGGUUCUUCAUCUGGAUAAAGAGAAUUGUGUCCAAUUUCCUGAGUCGCCUUCUAUUCCUGACAGCACUUGGGAUGUUCAUGGUGACUGUCCCACGGUUCUGGGCUGUCAAUGCAGAAGGUAUCCAGUUAUCUGAGAACAGUACAAAACCCUCUGGUAACUGGUUCCAUGAAGUGUUUUCCUAUUUUAUUUCUGCAAAUGCCAUAGGCUGCAUUCUUCCAUUCUGCCUUAGUCUUCUGUGUCUGGUCCUCACUUUCUCCUUUCUGCUCAGACACGUCUGGAGGGUGAAGAAUAACGACUCGGGAUCAACACGUCCAAAUCUUCAGGCUCAUGUCACGGCACUGAGGACCAUCUUCUUCUUACUUCUCAUUUUUACAUUAUUCUGCAUGUCUCAGAUGGACACUUUCCUUCAAAAUUCCCCAUUGUAUAUAGUCUGUUGGAAUUUACAAUUAUUAUCUCCAUCGGUGGAGGCCGCCAUCAUCUUCCAGGCCAGCAACAAGCUGAGAAGGAUCAUUGUGAGAAGAUUCUGGACCAGAAGCCGGAGGAACACAGAGACUUAA